CUAAUAAUUAAAUUAUUAAUUAAACUCUUGCAUGGGAAAGCUACAUGGAACAUUGGCAAAAGCCGGAAAGGUCAGAAAAUAAACACCAAAAGUUGAAAAGUAAGUGAGAAGACACAAAAUUCCAAAAGGUAGAGCUUAUAAAAGAAUAUGUUUUAAUAGAAGGUAAUAAAACUUUGAAUAUAAUAAAUAAGAUUUGGAUCAGCUACAACAACUUAAGGACCAUAAUAGAAGAGAAAGGGUCCAAAUUGGCAUGCUGGUAGAAAAGAACUUGUUGAAGAAGAAAGAAAAAAAUAAGUUGAAUAAAGAAGACAACGUAAGAAAUAAGAUGGAAAAUGAUGACUUUAAUGUCCUUAAUAUAUAAUAAUAGUCAGAU